UUUAAAUGUAUAUUGAUUUCUAUAAAUUAGAUGGUAUAAAUUAGAGAAAUAACAGGAGAAUAUGUGUCUUCUUCUCUCUCCUGUUUACUUUCGAGGACCGGUAAAGAUGAUAAAAGGCCGAGAAGAACACGGCAGAGUUCAUAGUCGUUCUUUAGUAAUCGUUAAGGAAAGUUCGCUUGCUUCGAAGGAGUUCCAAUGGCCACGUAUUCGAUCAUCCAUUUGCUCAUCGCCUACGGCUUUUUUGCCGUCGCACUAUGCAUCAGCCAGUAUCAAACACAUUCAAAAACUCAACAAUCAAAUCAUCUAGUAGCAUCAACUAGACAAGUUUCACAAGGAUCAUGUCCGGAAAAGAACGGACGUUUCGCAGUUCAAUCUCAAUGCGAUGCAUACAUCGAAUGUAUCGAUGGUGUUCCAGAAGAGAAACUUUGCCCUGAAGGCUUAGUUUUCAAUCCUGACGCACGUUUCAAUUAUCCUUGCGGAUAUCCCAUUGAUGUUAAUUGCGAAGGCAGACCAAACAGACAGCCAGCACAACCAACUGAAGAUUGUCCACAUCAGUAUGGAUACUUCAAAGUUGGCGAUCAUCAAAAUUGUGGACAAUUUAUGAAUUGUGCCGAUGGUAGAGGAUAUGUUUUUGAUUGUCCCGAAGGAUUAGCUUUUAAUCCAGAAUCAUAUCGAUGUGACUGGCCUGAUCAAGUACCAGAUUGUGAUGCCGAAGCUUUUCUUGGCUUUCGAUGUCCGGAGAUCAAAGAAAGUUCAUUUUUGGGUGGUGAAAUAAAAUUUUAUCGUAGUACUCAUGAUUGUCAGCAUUAUUAUAUCUGUGUUAAUGGACAUCCACGUUUGCUAAACUGUGGCGAAGGAAAUGCAUUUAAUGAGCUUAUUGAUGCCUGUGAUGCUGCAGAAAAUGUUACUGGAUGCGCUCCGGAAGCCACUAAUUUAAUCUCAUCUAAUAUUCAUCCAACAAGAUUGUUCUGAAACUGAAAAUUUAUUUCGACCCUUUAAGCAGACUGUAUUAUACUUCGAACAUUAUGAAAUGUUCAAUUUAAUGAACAAUAUUGAAAUAUAAAUAGAUCAAAUUCAAGAUACCUUAAUGUAAUACAAAUGUAUACUAUAAUAAUGCAACGUAAUAAUGUAAAUAUUUAUUUUUAAUCAAUAUAGAGAUAUAUUUUUCUAAUAGGUAAUGUCUACUUGAAAUACUGGAUGCAGAUCUGUGUAUUAUCAAAAUAUAUUAUAUAGGAAAUUAUUAAGAUUAUGAUUAAUAUGUCAGCAUAUAUAUGAUGCUUUAUACCAAUGAUCAAUAUCAUUAAUGUUCCAGCUAUUAUAAUUCUUAUUAUAUAAAACAUAAAUACAUGAAAUAAAUCUUCUUAUAUUUAUAAA